AUGGCUCAAAGUCAGGUAAAGGAAACCGACAUUUCAGUCCUCAUUGCUGCAAUCCAGAGCUCCGUUGGCCCCAUCCAGGUGGACGCCGAAAAGGUUGCAAAGCAACUCGGUAUGAGUUUGUCAAGCGUUCCGCCAAAGUUCACUGCGAUUCGAAAGCGUUACAACAUUGACAUCAAGGUCGUGAAUUCGGGGGCUCUCCAGCGGAAUCGUCCUAAUAGCCCGAAGAAGAGGCACUUAGUCCAUGGUCCCAAGGGAGUCAGAUGUGUCAAUCCGCAGGCUCAACCAGUCGAGUCAGCUGUGGUGGCAUUGCCAAUGGACAUUUGCCCAAAAUCCGAGUUCGACCAGUCUCAACACGAGUCCAUAAAUAUGGGAGUGUGCUGCAGGAACUGA